GCGGAGGGGCGGGGUCACGAACUCUGACCUCCCGGAGCCGCCACCGACAAAUAACCCCCCAGGAGAGGCCGCCGGGAGCUGGGCCCGCCAGGCGUCUCCACAGAGUAAUUAUGCAUACGAGGUGUGAAGUGUAAUCUAGGUACCAUAGGAAAUUCUGGUGAUUAAAGAUCAUGGCAACCGUAGAGGAACUGGCCCAUCAAAUUAUUGAACAACAAAUGGGAGAGAUUGCACAUUCCCAAGGAACUGUUACUCAAACACUAAUGGAUGGGACGGCACAAAGAAUACAAAUUGUCCCAGCGGAUUCAGGUCUCUCUUUACCACAACGCAUACAAAUUGUCACAGACCAGCAGACGGGCCAGAAGAUUCAGAUUGUUACUGCACUUGAUCAGAGCACAGCAGGAAAGCAGUUCAUCUUAACAAAUCAUGAUGGCUCUACCCCAAGCAAGGUGAUCCUUGCCAGACAAGAUUCCACUCCAGGAAAGGUUUUCCUAACAACUCCAGAUGCUGCAGGUGUCAACCAACUGUUUUUUGCAUCCCCUGAUUUAUCUGCACAACACAUCCAGAUUUUAACAGACAACACUUCCACUGAACAGACCCUAAAUAAAGUAUUUGAUCUCUGUGUCGUAUGUGGAGACAAAGCAUCAGGACGUCACUAUGGAGCAGUAACAUGUGAGGGAUGCAAGGGAUUCUUUAAAAGAAGCAUACGAAAGAAUUUAGUUUAUUCAUGCCGAGGAGCAAAAGACUGUGUUAUUAACAAACAUCAUCGAAAUCGAUGUCAGUACUGUAGGCUGCAGAGAUGCAUUGCAUUUGGAAUGAAACAGGACUCUGUUCAGUGCGAGAGGAAACCAAUUGAAGUAUCAAGAGAAAAAUCUUCAAACUGUGCAGCUUCUACAGAAAAGAUAUAUAUCCGAAAAGAUCUGCGCAGCCCACUUGCUGCAACUCCAACUUUUGUAACCGACAAUGAAACAGCAAGAUCAACAGGACUGCUAGAGUCAGGAAUGUUUGUAAAUAUUCAUCAGUCCGGAAUAAAAAGUGAGCCUACUGUGCUUAUGACACAAGAUAAGGUUGAGGCCUGUCAAGGGGAUUUAAGCACACUGGCAAAUGUGGUAACAUCAUUAGCAAAUCUCAGUAAAUCCAAAGACAUGUCCCAAAGUAGUGCUGAGCUGUCUAUGAUUGAAAGUUUAAGCAAUGGAGAUACAUCAUUGUCUGAACUUCAUCAAGAAGAGCAAGCAAGUAGUGAUGUUACCAGGGCAUUUGAUACUCUUGCGAAAGCACUAAACCCAGGAGAGAGUGCAGCAUGUCAGAGCUCUGCAGAGACUGUUGAAGCCAAUGUACAUCUGAUUGGUGGAGAAACAAGCAUGAAUAUCGUUGAAAUAGAGGGGCCGCUUCUCAGCGAUGCACAUGUAGCUUUCAGGCUCACCAUGCCUUCUCCGAUGCCUGAAUACCUGAAUGUUCAUUACAUCUGUGAAUCAGCCUCCAGACUACUCUUUUUGUCCAUGCACUGGGCACGCUCCAUUCCUUCCUUUCAAGCUCUAGGGCAAGAUAACAGCAUAUCAUUAGUAAAAGCCUGCUGGAACGAACUUUUUACACUGGGUCUUGCACAGUGUUCGCAAGUGAUGAAUGUGGCAACUAUAUUAACUGCAUUUGUUAAUCACCUGCAUGGUAGCUUACAGCAAGAUAAGCUGUCCACAGAUAGAGGAAAACUAGUGAUGGAGCACAUCUUCAAACUGCAAGAGUUCUGUAACAGUAUGGUUAAGCUUUGCCUAGAUGGGUAUGAAUAUGCUUAUCUGAAAGCAAUCGUCCUCUUCAGUCCUGAUCACCCAGGUCUAGAAAAUGUGAUACAGAUUGAAAAGUUUCAAGAAAAGGCUUACAUGGAGUUCCAAGAUUAUGUAACAAAAGCAUAUCCAGAUGAUACUUACAGGCUAUCUAGGCUUCUUCUCCGAUUGCCUGCCCUCAGACUGAUGAGUGCUACCAUCACAGAAGAGUUGUUCUUUGCAGGACUGAUUGGAAAUGUUCAGAUUGACAGCAUCAUCCCAUAUAUCCUAAGAAUGGAGACAGCAGACUACAACUCUCAAAUUAUUGGUCAUUCUGUAUAAAGAUGGAAAACAAGGAUUCUAUGCUGUGAUGACGUAAAUGUACAUCACCAUGCUAGUUAUGGCAUACUGUCUCCAAGAGAUGGCAAGAAGCCUUCCCCAGCAACUUUUAAAAAUUUAAAGAAGGCUAAAAUUCCUCCUUUCCAGUACAUUUGGGAAAUGCUGCAGAGUGUCUUGAGGGAUACAGGAUGACUUCCUUUUUUCUUCUGGUUUUCAAGGACUUGUAAAUUAUCUGGCAUUUAAUGAAAAUCAAAAAUUAUCCACUGUAUUUUUGUAGAUAGAUGAACCUGGAAUUUUGUUUAUGAAGUCCAAAACAAAUAGGAAAAUCCAGCCUGGUGAAGAAGAGUGUUGACUGAAUUAAGGUGUCACUUCUUAAUUUUAGAAAAAAAUAAAUUAACCUUCUUCUCUGAGUUGUGUUUUCAGUGUUUUUUGCUAUAAUUCAUUCUCACUGAUACAAUGGAACAUGAUGGUCAGAAAUCCUAAAAAGGUAAAAAUAUUUCAAUUGAAGUGAGACCUUUGUAAUCAACUUCAUUUUUCUUUCAGCUACUUUGAAAAGAGCUGAAGUUCUUGUUUUAUGAAGUAGUUGGUACCAUGAAAAGGGCAGAGAAAUUAUAGAAAGCAUGCAGAUUUUUUAAAAAAUAUUCUCUUGAUACCUCGAUGCAGCGGAUCAUAGUCCACCUCCAUUAUUGGCAAUAAGAUUGAUGCUAUUCUGAAUGUCAAGAGUUUAAUAUGUUCUAGUAUUGUGUAUUGGCAGAUACUAGCUAUUUGUAUUGUACAGUGGGAAACUGACUAAGAAUAAACUAUUUUCCAAAAUAGUUUAUUACUAUAUCAGAUUUCUGUUGUAUUUUUCUAACUAAAUAAGUUUCUAGUACUGAUUGAACCUAGAGUACACUUUGUUCUGUGCCUGGUGGGCCAUGAUUCUUCUAUUUAUCAUGACCUGAGGCCCUAUAAUGCAGGUUCUUCUGUUCUCUCCACCACAUUCUCUCUCUCCCCAAAGGUUUGAAUAAAUCUUUUCAUUUCUUGUAAUAUAAUUUCAUGCUUCUGAUCAGGAGCUAAGUUUUCUUAGUAGGGGUAAUCUUAAACAAUAAAACAGAUAAAUGAAUAAAGGGAUUUUUAUUUUUA